UCGGCCGAGUAGCCUUGUUUUAUUCGUCGUCGGGCGCUGGCAAAACGUUCGGUUUCUGCUCGCAACCGUCAGUUGCUCGGCGAAGUUAAGAUUGACAUUACGUUGACGUUAGCGUACAUGCGCUGUGUUUGUUUAUUUCGAGAUGUCAUCUAAAAUAAUGAACGAUAAUUUUCAAAACGACACUAAAUUGAACGGUUUGAGUGGCACAUUCGGUGAUAAAACAUUAGUUCCAUUGAACGCUAGGUAUAGGUCUAAAAGUUUGUCUAGUGAUAAGUUGAACCAAACAAAUGCAGAUCGAGCUGCGAUCUUGGAAGAUGUGGAGGCACAGUACGUGACGGAUAAAUCUGAAACCCCCAGCUGUCUAAUCAAGAACAAAAUUAUGAAUCAAGGUUCACAGACGAUAAACAACUUCAAAGAUGGAAAGGCGUCGUACGGCACUGGCACAGGCACGCCAGCACGAGGCCGCCGCGUCAUCUAUUGCGUGCAUGGCAACCCUAGCACCGGCUGCUGUGCGGUCAUCGAGCGCACAGAGACGGACCCUGAAGGCUCAGGCCACCGCAACGGCAGCAUCACUGAUGCCGAUAGACAUUGCCAUAGAUCUCGGAACGAAGACAUAGACAAACGAGCGCGGAGAAAACUCAUCAUCGCGAGUAUACUCUGCGUUAUAUUUAUGAUAGGAGAAAUUGUCGGUGGGUACAUAUCAAACAGCCUGGCGAUAGCGACGGACGCGGCGCAUUUACUCACAGACUUCGCGAGUUUUAUGAUCUCACUGUUCUCGCUGUGGGUCGCCAGCAGGCCAGCGACAAGAAAGAUGUCGUUCGGUUGGUACCGCGCGGAGGUGAUAGGUGCGCUGACGUCGGUGCUGCUGAUCUGGGUGGUGACCGGCGUGCUGGUGUACAUGGCGGUGCAGCGCGUCAUAUACAACACCUUCGAGAUUGAUGCCACCGUUAUGCUCAUCACCUCCGCAGUCGGUGUUGCAGUUAACCUUAUAAUGGGUCUGACGCUGCACCAGCACGGACACUCGCACGGUGGGCACGGGCACACACACGGCGGCACCAACCCCGUACUUAACAAUAAGGAGAGGAAUACGGACUCUGACGCGGAGAGUGCGUCCUCGCACGCGGUGGGGGCGGGGGCGGGGGCGGGGGCGGGGGCGCACGGCCACGCCCACACCGAGAACAUCAACGUGCGCGCCGCCUUCAUACACGUGCUCGGGGACUUCCUGCAGAGCUUCGGCGUGCUCGUCGCCGCGCUCGUCAUAUACUUCAAGCCGGAGUGGAACCUGGUGGACCCGAUCUGCACAUUCUUGUUCUCCGUGCUGGUGCUCAUCACCACCUUCAACAUCAUCAAGGACACGCUGCUGGUGCUGAUGGAGGGCUCCCCGCGAGGACUCGACUUCCAGGAGGUGGCCAACACGUUCCUGUCGCUGCCGGGUGUGCAGCGCGUGCACAACCUGCGCAUGUGGGCGCUCUCGCUAGACAAGACCGCGCUCUCCGCGCACCUCGCCAUACGCAGCGGCGUCAGCCCGCAGAAGGUUCUAGAAGAGGCGACACGGCUGGUGCACGAGAAGUACAACUUCUUCGAGAUGACGCUGCAGAUCGAGGAGUUCAGCGACGGCAUGGAGGACUGCAGCCAGUGCAGGAUGCCGCAGGCGUAGCUUCCAUACAUACUAAGGUUACUAAACAGUUUCCACAGAGUAGUUAAUAACAGAGGCAUCAUCAAAUAAAAUUCUGCACUUAUGAAGGAACAGACAUUUGUAUAGAGUACUGUUGCUCGCGACUUUACCUGCCUUAAA